AUGCCGUCGCCAUUACGGAUAUCCGCGGUCGCGACAACAUUCCUGUUCCUAUCAACGGCAUGCCUUGGCUCGCAGUCAACCCCACAAAGGGCGCCGAAGGUCCUGUCGAUGCCCUUCGCUCGACGGGAGGAUGCCAGAACUCUCGAUAAAGUCAAACGGGAUUCGAUUUCGGUCACUUUGGGUAAUGCCCAGAGAGGCACCAGAUCGAUUGGUAUCUAUUACGUCAACACGACGAUUGGAACUCCAGGUCAGACAAUACAGCUGCAGUUGGAUACCGGCUCUAGCGAUCUGUGGAUGUUCAGUGAAGAGGCUUGCAAAAGCGAUGAUGUAAUGUGCCUUGGUGGUAUCUUCGAUCCAGAGGAGUCGAGUACCUACGAACUGUUAUACAACGGAGAAUUCAAUAUCAGUUAUGUAACACCUGGUUCUGGUGUCCAUGGCGACUACAUCCGCGACGAUGUGCAGAUGGCAGGGGCUGAAAUAAAGGGAUUGACAAUGGGUCUGGCGAAGAGGGCAAAGCAGGUUCCCACUGGCAUCAUGGGAAUUGGUUAUCGUGAAAACGAGGCUAUCUUCGCUCAAACCGGCGGUCGAAAUUCGUACCCGAACAUCAUCGAUCUAAUGGUCAACCAAUCUCUCAUCAAUACUCGCGCUUAUUCCCUCUAUUUGGACGACAAAGAUGCUGCUACUGGUAACAUUCUUUUUGGCGGAUACGAUACUGAGAAAUACUUUGGCGACUUGGCUCUACUUGAUAUCCAACCCGAUGAGAACAGGAUAAUAUCUAGCUUCAUCGUCGCUUGGACUGGGUUUUCAAUCACAACUGAAGGUGAUGGAGAGGUCCCAUUGACCACCCGCGACUUCGAUCAGCCGGCAUAUCUGGAUUCCGGAACCACCCUUACCGUCCUCCCUUCCCAAAUCGCCAACCAACUUAUCGACGCUGCCGGUGCCAUCUACGACGAGUCGUCCGGUAUCUACCUUGUCGCCUGCGACGUGGGAAAUGCAAAUGCCACUCUCAACUAUCAAUUCGGAGGCCCCAACGGUCCGACAAUUAGAGUUCCUUUCGGUGAACUAGUCCUUCCAAUUCGCGAUUCUAAUGGAGACUUCCUCCGAGCCGGUGGUAUUCAAUAUUGCCUCUUCGGCAUUAAGCCUGGCGAUGUUGGCGAUAUUCUCCUCUUUGGCGACACUUUCCUAAGAUCUGCUUAUGUUGUCUACGAUCUCGACGGCCAGAAAAUCGGUAUCGCUCAGGCCAAUACCGAUGCCACGGGUUCUAACAUCGUGGAAAUCACCGGACCGAUCGUCUCUGCUGCCUCCACUAUCGCGAACCAACCGACCGUUGCUGCCACCGCCACCUCAAGGAAUGCUGGUAUUGGUGGGUUCGAGACUGAUAUUGCAACUACCGGUCUAUCCGGCCCUACCGGAACCUCAAACAUUGGCUUCACUUUCGGACCAGAUGGGGGGACAACCAACACAGCUUCAACCUCGCCGAAUGGGGCCGCUGGUGUCGUUCCAUCUUUCGAUUUGGCUGCAUUCGCUGUUAUUAUGGGCAGCAUGGCGAUGGCUUUACUUGGCAGCGGCUUGUUCGUUGCUUUGUAG